UCUCACACGAUCCUGUUGGUGCAGCCUACUAAGAGGCCAGAGGGGAGGACAUAUGCUGAUUAUGAAUCGGUCAACGAGUGCAUGGAAGGUAAACUGACAGCCACCUAAACUGACAGAGCAGGUUAUGGAACCCACGCAGUCUGUGAGACCGUGCUGGUCCGCUGACCUCUAGGACACCACAGGGUAGUUAAGCAAACCAACGUUGUGGAGAACGUUAAUGCCGUUAGAUGGUCAACCGGUGAAAAUAUUUUCACUUUCACUAAUCUAUAAAUCUCUUUCCAGGUGUUUGUAAGAUGUACGAGGAACACCUAAAGAGAAUGAACCCCAACAGUCCGUCCAUCACAUAUGACAUCAGUCAACUGUAUGACUUCAUCGAUGACCUGGCUGACCUCAGCUGCUUG